ACAACUUGAUAGUUUAUCUGUGUUUCGAUGGAGACGGCACUUCGGUUUUAUCGGAGCCACUGAGAUAACACAAGGAAAAAUGGCGACGCUGGCAGAGGUGCGUUGCAACAAACAGAGAGAGCGUUCCUUUGUAGGAAGACCAAGACAAGUCAGAAGUGGAAUUGCAUUAGCCAGAGUUCAACCAGUAGCCCAUCGAUCUGAAGUACUUCUGGAUGAUCAGAUAAGCCUGGUGGCGCAAACCCAAGAUGAGUUAGAGCAAGCGAUGCUGUCGCUGAACAAUGCACAGAAUGAUGUCGAGCUGGAGCGAUGGAGGUCAGAGGUCACUGACCUCAAGGCUAAGUGUGAAGAGAUGAUUCUCAUACUCACGGUUGUGGCAAAGUUGAAAGCAGAGUUGAUGUACGCUAAGCUGGAAUUGGAGAAGAUAAGCAAGGCGGGUGGAGACAUUCAUGAGGCAAGACGGCGAGUGGUAUGGCUUGAAGACAGGAUGGAGAGUCUGCUUAGCAGAUAUCGUAAGAUGCCCGGGAAGAAACAGCCUAUUACAGAAAACAUAGAAUGCAUAGAUCAACCGAUAUCAACAGAUCUUCAACAUGAUACCAACUCGCUGAGUGAAAAAUCAACACUAGAGAAAACCCCCUCAGAAAUCGAGCGGCCCAUCUCGAUGGCUGAUGGCCGGGGUGACAGCAGGGAGGAAGUGCCUAAACCGGAACGUUCCAUUCUGAAGCAUGGGGCUGCAGAGAGUAGGGGAGGGGGAGAAGGCAGGGUGAUGUCUUCUGGAAGACGGUCGAGUGAACGGAGGUUGUCGUUUGGGCAAGCUACUGUCACUCCAACGGGAUCAAGGGCAGCAAUGGAAGCGGGUCCCAUCGAAUCGGGAAGUGAUGAGGGUGACGAUACAGACGUAGAUGAUGAUGACGACAACAGUGACGAUGACGAUGACAGUGACACUGAAAUAGAUGACAGCGAAGACAUUGAUGAUGACAAUGAGAGAGUGGACAACGCAUUCAUCACGGAGGGCUCCCUCUCAGCCUUGGACUCCCCCGUCCAACUGCUUCCUGUCCCCCGAGACCAAGGAGAACCUGAUGAUGAGGACAUCAAUAGAGAUUUUGCAGCUGAGUAUUGGAUGUCACCUCAUCACAGGUUUGAGUACAGCGAACAGAGAGAAGUGAUUACCAGGGAAAAUCCACUGUCUUAUCAUAACCUGGGAUUAGCCGUCCAGUCAUCGUUCAUUGAACCAGCCCCUCCGGCAAAAGAAGAGCUUCCAUGGCGUCCACGCAGAAAGGGCAGUGAUCUACCCGAUGUCCAUUUGGAAGGUAAAAUUGCCCUAGACAAGCUGUCGGAACGAAUUCACAAGAUCUGGAACAAGAUGGAAGAUGCCACGAGGAAAUCCAUCGACUGCAGCACCAGCCAGAUCAGCGAACAGAAGGGUUCCAUCAUCAGGCAGGUGGAGAGUCGAUUAAGUGAGGACUCAUCCGUUGCUAUGAUGAAGUUUGCCUCUCGUAAGACGAGUAGAGGGUCAGCGCCUCUCAAGGAGCCAGCGCCCAAACCCAAGGCUAAGAAGAACAGCCAGGAAGGAUUGCCCGUCGUGCAGCUACCCAAGGGUCGAAGGACGCGCAUGACGCCCAUGGUAGUGUACCAUCCACGCCCAGUGCCUGAACCAGAGAUGCUCCCACUCACGAGAACUAACCCGUCCAAGAAGUUCCCUCGAAUAUCCAGCGAUUGGAACGAAACAGCUCAAGAUGCAAUGAGCCCAACGUUACGAUUGGUCAACCAGAUGAAUGUUGCCAAGGAAACAAACCUUCUUGUUUACAAGAGCAAAGAUAAGAAACGGAAGAGCCUGACAAUGUCGGCAGCAGCUAGGCAACAGAAAGACGCACCAACCAGGCGAUGGAAGAUGUUUAGUAAUCCGGCAGUCACUGUUGCAGGCAUAGUGGCACACGUCAACACCAUGAGGAAAGGCAGCACGGUCAAACUGGACAAAGAUGGUCUGAAGUGGAAAAGGAUAACAGAAAUUAUGACCAAGCUGACGUCGGAGAGAGUUGAUGAGCGCCGGGAUGCAGCCAGGCAUCUUGGGGCUUUGGACUGCAGUGAUAGAGACAUCUUAGCAGCACUGACCAAAGUGGUUCAGAAUGAUUCUGAUGAUAGGGUCCGAUACGAGUCGGCAAAGUCUCUGGUGACGUUGGGAUUCUGGAGUGACCACUCACUCAAGGUCAUCGUGGAGCAUUUCGAGGAUGGAAACUACCAGGUUCGCUCGGAUCUUGUCAAGACGUUGAUUAACUCCAGGAACAUCAAAUUGGCAAACAAGGCAAGUCCGUUUACCAAGAAGCUGCUUUCACUCUUGAGAGACACCUGUGCGUCCAAGGACUCCGGUGAUCUUGGUUUUGAUUGCGCUGUGUGUCUGGGAUGCCUCGGUGUGGCCGACCCGGGGGCCAAGAAGAAGCUGAAAGGAAGCCUGACCAGCAAGGAUAGCAACGUCAUAUCAAGGUCGUUGGAGAUUUUAGUGCGGCAGAUGAAUGCCCGUGAUCAAGAAGUGACUAAGAUGGUGCUGCAUCAAAUGCAGUACUCCAAGCUAUGGAAGCACAGGGUGUCUUCAGCUAAACUCCUGGUCAUUAUAGGUUGUAAACACAUGAAGACGGACGAAGAGGUGGAAGAAGUAUUCAAUAUUCUAGAAAGGAGACUUUAUGAUGAUCCUAGCAAGGAAGUACGCAAUGAGAUAGCUGCAACAUUAACCGCUCUGGAAUUGAGGGACUUGGCCACUAAUCUGGUAGAGAAGAGGCUGGAAGAUGACGAUGAUGACAACAGAGCCCAUGCAGUCAUAGCUGUGGGCGUCCUCGGCAUGAAGUCAGACAAGAUAAUCAGAGAGCUGUUGGAGAUGUUGGAUCUUGAUCCGUGCGACUACGUCCGCCUGCAGGUCAUUAGGACCUUCGCUGGACUUGGCCUGACUAACAUCAAGAUCAUGAGGGCACUCAAGGAGAGAGAGAGAUCAGAGGGACCUCUGGCAAAAGAAGCUUCCAAGUCUUUGAAGAUUUUGAACGAUUUAAGAUCCUCUCAAGGCUCAAGAAGCAUAACACGCAGCCCAGAUAGGCUGAGAGUCACUUCCAAGUGAAACCAUCCACACAAAGAAAAAAAAACUAGAAAAGAAAAAGCAGCAAAGAACUUCAGCACUGUUGGUUGAAAAUGGAGAGAGUAUGUUCUGCAUGCAGCGGUAAGCAAGGGCCAUGAAUUUGAAUAAAUUUGAAGA